GCCCAUCCGCCACUGCUGUUCCCUGAGUCCGGUCAGGUGUUCGCUGUUCACAGACGUAAACUUGGCGUUUUGAAAACGGACAGGAUUUCUUGACGGGACAAAACACAAUCGAGGCCAUGCUCAGACGGAUACUUCAAAUGACUCCUGGGAAGGGAGGGUCCCAGAAUGCAGAGUCAGAGCAGCCCAGCACAGAUCUUAACCACGAUCAGACAUCUGAGGGCUUCAUCUGUCCUCAGUGCAUGAAGUCUCACAACUCUGCAGAGGAGCUGUUCAAGCACUAUGAGCUGUUCCAUGACACCGGAGACCUCCCUGCCCAUGUGGCCCCCACUAGGGAAGACCUUACAAUGCUGCGGCAAGAGGUCCAGGACCUGCACGCUUCUCUUAAGGAGGAAAGAUGGUUCUCUGGAGAGCUAAAAAAGGAGUUAGACAAAGUCCAAGGACAGCUGAAGCAAAACGAUGGGCAGAUGAGCACAGAGGAUUCAGUCCUUGAAAAGAAGUUGAAUGAAGCUGAGACAGAGAAGUUCAACAUCAAACAGAUGAAAGACUUGUUUGAGCAGAAGGCUGCACAGCUGGCCACAGAGAUAGUAGAUUUGAAGUCCCGUUAUGAUGAAGAGAAAAGUCUCAGGGAGGCUGCUGACCAGAGGCUAGCCAAAUUGAAUGAACAGCUGCAGGAAGCAAAGCAGGACAACGAGAGACUCCAAACAGAGCUGCUGCAGCGACCAGGCAUUGAAGAUGUAGAGGUUCUGCAGAAGGAGCUGGUACAGGUGCAGACACUGAUGGACCGCAUGACCCGUGAGAGAGAGGAAGAGUCAGAGCGCCUCAAAAACCAUUACGAGCAACUGCAGGCUAAUUACACUACCUCAGAGAUUCGUAAACUGGAGAUGACUAUAUCCCAACUAAAGGCAGAGCUGGAGAAGGGUCCUCAGGAAGCCGCUGUCUACACGCAGCAAAUCCACGAGUUGCAGAGCAAUUUGAAUAACCUGCAGCAGCAAAGUCAGAGCCUGUCUGAAAAGCUUGCACGCAAGGAGAAGGAGUAUCAAGAACAGGAGGAGCAUCUGGGAGCUGAGAAAACUGCCAAGAAGGAAGUCCAAGAAAACCUGAGGGAGAGGGAAUUAGAAGUACAAGAGCUGCAGGCUCGGGCCACAGGGGCUGAGGCGUCCCUGCACAAGGCCCAGACGGAGCUUACAGAGAGGGGUGAGGAGGUGGCAAAGUUGAAGAGUGAGAUUGCAGAGAUGGAGGUGAAGCAUGCAGAACUAAAAGUUGAGAGGAAACAGUUGGAACAGCAGAGGGAAGAAAAGGAAAGCCAAGGUGCUCAGCAGCAGACUGAGAUCAGUCAGCUGCACAAUAAACUGUUGGAGGCAGAGCGGCAGCUGGGUGAGUUGCAAGGUCGACUUAAAGAACAGAGGCAGCUGUCAGGGGAGAAACUCAAGGACCGCGAGCAACAAGCAGCCGACCUGCAGCUCAAACUCUCCCGUGCAGAGGAACAGUUGAAAGAGAGUGCCAGUAAGAGCACGGACCUGCAGCACCAGCUGGAGAAAGCCAAGCAACAGCACCAGGAGCUGCAGGCACUGCAGCAAAACACUAACGGCAAACUCCGUGAGGCGCAGAAUGACCUGGAGCAGGUGUUGCGUCAGAUUGGAGAUAAAGACCAGAAGAUCCAGAACCUGGAAGCUUUGCUUCAAAAGAGUAAAGACACAGUGAGCCAGCUGGAAGCCGAGAGGGAGGACUUGUGUGCCAAGAUCCAGGCUGGGGAAGGAGAGACCGCUGUGCUUAACCAGCUUAAAGAGAAAAACCAUGCACUACAAGAACAGGUAACACAGUUGACAGACAAGCUUAAGAACCAAUCAGAGAGCAACAAGCAAGCACAGGAUAAUCUACACAAGCAGGUCCAGGAGCAGAAGACUCUGCUGCGCUCAGCCCAGGACCGAGCUCAUACCCUGGAGAUUUCAGUUACUGAACUCACCACCCAGCUCACAGAGAGCAAGGAAAAAGUGGCCCAGCUGGAUGCCCAGCUGAAGGCAAAGACAGAGCUGUUGCUCUCUGCAGAGGCAGCUAAGGCUGCACAGAAAGCAAACCUAGAGAACAGCCUGGAGUCUGCCCAACAUGCCCUACAGGACAAGCAGCAGGAGCUGAAUAAAGUUCAGAAGAACCUGGAGGAUCAUGCCCAAAGGCUCAAAGAGAGACAAGAGCAGUGCGCACAGCUCGAAAGCAGUCUGAAGGAAUGCAAAGACAAGCUACUGGCUUCAGAACAGCGGAUAGAGCAGUUGGAGGGGUUCAAUAAGAAAUUGGAGUCGCAGGUAGGGGAGGUGCAGUCUGCACGAGACCAGGGGCAGCAGGAGCUGCAGAAGCUGCAGACGGAAAGUUCAGAAGUUAAAAAGAAAGCCAAAGAGCUACAACGCUCACUCGAAACUGAGAAAGCGGGGGCUACAACUCUGCAGGAGGAGUUAAAGAAAAAGGCAGGUACAUUGAGUGAAGUCCAGCAGAAGCUAGCACAGUCUGAGCAGGAGAUUACUACUUUGAAGGCAAACCUGGAAAAGGUGACCCAAGAGGGAAAAGCUCAGCAUGCAGAGCUGGAUAGAAAAGCUCAGAGUCUGGCAGCAGAGCUACAAAAGGCCCAACAGGAAAAAGAGGCUCAAAGGAAGGAGCUUGCAGCUACUCAGGAGAGUCUCGGAAAGGCUAAUAAGGCACUGAAAGAAAGUCAGAGUCAACUGGACACUGAGAGGAAAAACCAUAAAUCAGCUAUAGAGGAGAAGGAAAAAUCAAAUGAAAAAGUAAGACAGGAGCUUCUGAAAAAUAAUGAGUCCACCACUAAGGCAAUGAAAGAAUCCAAAGAACAGCUGGAGCAGAUUAGAGAGGCAGAGAAAAAGUUGAAAGUGCAGCUGACCUCAUUAGAACAGCAGCACACAAAGACUCAGGAGACACUGAGGGAAAAGGAGAAAGAGCUGGAGAAUCUGCGGACACAACUAAAGACGACCCAGGGAUCUUUGGAAGAGGAGAUUAAGAAACUGAAGGGCCAAGUGACACAGCUACAGGAAACUGGUGUCAAGAAAGCAGAAGAGGAAAGUAAGCUGAGAGCACAGGUGUUGGGACUCAGCCAGGAGCUGACCUCUGAGAAGAGCCGAGCAGCAGAGCUGCAGAAGGCCUUGGAGCAAAGCAAGGAAAACAUCACUAAACUUCAGUCUGACUUUUAUGGAAAAGAGUCUGAGGUUUCUGCCUUGCGUCAAGACCUCAAGGCAUCAGAGGAGAAACUGAGCAUGACUCAGGAGGAGCUGGCUGCUAAUCGAACCCAUCAGACAGGCUUAGAGGCCCAGAUCCAGGACUUGAAAACAGGCCGGAGCUCACUGGAGCAGGAGCUCGCCAAACGGGACGAGAAGCUCCAACAGCAGGAGCAAACCCUGAAGGAAUUGCAGAAGCAAAAGGGUCAAGUUAAGGAGGAGCUGCAGAAGGAGAAGAGCGCCAUGGAAGAGCUGAACAAAGCAAAGAGCCUCCUGGAGAAGAACAACAGCAGACUGACUUCAGAGUUAAAAGCGCUAACAGAGAAGAGCGAGAAGGAGCUCGGUGAACUCCAGGAAGCCAAACAGCUGUUGAUCCAGCAGAAACUUGAGCUGCAGGCUCAGGUGGAGGCAGCUCAGGGUGCUCUGAAGCAGGAGCAGAAAGAGCACCAGGCCACCAAGCACAGCAGGAGUGAGAGAGAGGAGCAGCUUCUCGCUCAAAUCAGGGAUGUCCAGGAUCAUCUGGCAGCAGAGAAGAAGGCAAGAGAAGAGCAGGUGAAGCGUGGGGAGGAGACAGAAGCUAAGAUGGGUUUACAGGUGACAGCUCUGAAUGAGAACGUGGCCACGUUGAAGAGGGAAUGGCAGGGGAGCCAGCGGAGAGUCGGAGAACUCGAGAAACAGACAGAUGAGCUGAGAGGAGAAAUCGCUGUGCUGGAGGCCACCGUGCAGAACAACCAGGAUGAGCGACGGGCUCUUUUGGAAAGGUGUGUGAAGGGUGAAGGCGAGAUAGAGAAACUGCAGGCCAAAGUGGUGGAGCUCCGGAGGAAACUGGAUGACACGACAGCUGCCAUGCAGGAGCUCGGCAGAGAGAACCAGUCGCUUCAGAUCAAGCAGUCACAGAGUCUGACUAGAAAGUGGGCUGAGGAUCACGAAGUGCAGAACUGCAUGGCCUGUGGGAAAGGCUUCACUGUCACAGUCAGGAAGCACCACUGCAGACAUUGUGGAAACAUUUUCUGUGCGGAGUGUUCAUCAAAGAACGCCCUCACUCCUUCCUCUAAAAAGCCAGUACGGGUGUGUGAGACGUGCUACGAGGAGCUCCAAGGCUGAUUUUUUUUUUUUUUUUUUUUCUCUCUCCCAUUUCUUUAACCCUGCUUACCCACCCUUUAACACCCCUUUAUCCCCUCCCCCAUCCUUUCUAUUCCAAUGGGCAGAAGAAGGCAUGUCUUUGUCAUUUUUAAUGUGCACUAUAAAGGACAGACCCAGUGCAAAGACUCUCACCUGCAUGUGACCUCUGGCGCUGGUGUUGAGGGAAAUGAGGAAAGGGAUUUGUGGAGGAGAUGCCAGUCGAGUGAUAGGUCAGGGUAGGACUUGUUGGGAUUGUCUGUAUCUGUUUUUGUGCCUUUGCUACUCCUGUGGACUGCCAGAGAGCGGAGACAGUGAAAAUCAAAACACCAACCAUUUCUUUAAGUUCGCAUCCCACUGGUAGUUAUAAGGCAUACAUUGUGAAAUGUUUGGCAUAAGACACUGCAAAAGUGAGCAUUGUAAAAGUGAUGUUGAAAUCUGCCAUACAAAGGUAAAUGCAGUUAACUAGUAUUUUCUUAUGUCAACAUAGCCCUGCAUCAGUCUCAUCACAAAGAAGUGUGGAUUCAGAUUGUGUAGCAAGAAAGCUAUAAAAACCCAAGUAAUUAAAGAUGUACCGAAUUAGUUUUUUAACUGUCAGCAGUUUGUUUGGCCACAAAACAAGGCUUUAAAUCCCUGUCGGUUAAUCAGUCUUGUACGGGAUUUCAGUUAUCUUUAAAGAAAAGAUUUUACAUCGCCAUAAACAGCAUUAGAUUAUUGUCCAUAACACUGUGCAGUGCAUGGAAGUUAUCAUCUCAAGGUUCAAACGUCCUUCUCGGAAUUUUAAAUGUUAAAAAGAAAAUCUUCCUCGAAUGCAUCAAUCGACUUUUGCACCAGCGCGUUUCUAUAAAGCACUUCAGAUCAGUUACUGCGCGUUGCCUUUGUGCGGCAGUGUUUGUGAUUCUCUUAAAAUUAAUGUAUUCAUGACCAAAGAAUGUUUGCAGCAGGAAUACAGCCGAGGUGAAAGCCCUGACUUUGUUUCAUAUUUCAGUAUUUUUCCGUGUACCACCAUUUUCAGGUCGCAGGGUUGCAUAUUUUUUUAUCUUGAAAACAGCAUGUGUGGCGAUCGAAGAGGCUUUUUAUGUACAGUUUUUUUUUUUUUUUCUCCUGUGCCACAUUUCUUUUAACAUAUUAUUUUCUUCAAAUCGUGGUGCUUUCUGCAGACUUGAAGGUGCCUGCAUGUUAAUGUUUUUUUUUCCCCUGCUGCUCUACACUCUACUCAGCACCACUGACUGCUGCUGGAGCUGUGUGUUUGUUUGUAUGUUUGUCCCUGCUUUCAAGCAAUAUCUGUGGAGGGGUGUGUGUGUGUGUGUGUGUGUGUGUGUGUGUGUGUGUGAGUGUGUGUGAAGUUGCUGUAACAGAGUGUGUAUUUUAGUGUUUAGCCCUGCUGUGUAUGCUGAGAUGCACUGUAUGAAUGUCAGCUGCUCAGAAUCUCAGCUUCUCUCCGGCAUGUUGCUCGGGGACUUCAGUGCUGCUUUCGGGAGCAGCGGUUACUGACGGUUCUCCGUCCGACGUGCCUGCCGCUGAGAACGAUGUCAAAGUUAAUUCCUGCUUUGUUUAAUUUAUAAUUGUUGAUAGAUUCUGGUAAGAUCUCUUGUGCAGUUGUCAGUAGACUGGAGCAGGUCACGAUGUAACAAACAGCUUGCUUCAGGCUCACGACAUUCAUUUUUCAUGUCUGUACGCUCAUUACAAAAGAAUGUCAGUCUCAAUUGCCAUCUCUCAAAAACACCCGUCUUUUUGCAUCACAUCGGUUUUGUUAUGUCUACCUCAGAUUGGCCCAGGAAAAGCACUAUUUCUAAAUGAUAGACAUCACAAAUGUUGUAUCUCUGCCUGUAUUCGAUGAAGGAUUUGUGACUACUGUAGUGUACAGACCCUAAACUCUACAGAGAUGAUUUGCACCUUAUCGUAUUCUGGGCUUGUCCAUGAGAGCUCAGCUACAAACAUAGGACCACCAACUUUAUACAGGCUUCAGCAUUUCUAGCACCCUUGUACUCAACUGCUCAUUAAUACUAAGGCUGUCAUCUUUGUAAAUGUUUGUAAUGAAAGAGAAAAAUAAAAUCUAUAUAACACUCGUGGGUGUAGAAACACAAUAACAGUGAAACUGUGUGGAUUCAUCAGUGUCUUACUCAUUUUUACAAAAUGGCUCCACAGAUGUGAAGACACUGAAUUGUGGCUUGCUUUGUGUUGCUCCCAGUUAUCAUGCAUGAUGACUCUACUGGCCUGUGGCUCACAUGUUUCUCCAAUGUUUAGUCAUCAUAUUUGGUGGUUGUGAAGGUGUGCCUUCAUGCAAACAUCCUGCACGUCACUGCUUAUUGUUAGCAGCGUCGGCGUGACUUUGGCUCACCUGAGCUGGAUGAGAAAGUGAUUUAUGUUCACAUGCACCAGUUGAUUUUCUAAUUGUCAUGGCAAACAAAUAAAAAC